AUGUUUGAUUUGAUUGUUGGCAUUAUAUACAUGGCAUUCAUCGUCUACUUUAUGAUCAUCGAAAUUCAAUCCGUAUGUGAAAUGAAAUGGAAGUAUCUUCAACAAUUCUGGUGCUAUAUCGAAUGGGGUAUGAUUUGCUGUUCGUGGGCAAGCAUUGGUAUAUAUGUACGGCGAUACUAUGAAAUGAAACGAAUUGGCAGUGUGUUUCAUAGAAGUAAAGGAUACGAAUAUGUAAAUCUACAAUUCGCAACACAUAUGGAUGAUAUAUUAACGUUUUUGCUUGGCUUUUGUUGUUUUUUCGGCACAAUAAAAUUGCUCCGUUUUUGCCGAUAUCAUCGUCAUCUUUCACUCCUUGGUGAUACACUUCGAUAUGUCGGCAAAGAUCUUUUCUUUUUCACUGCAUCAUUCGCAAUUAUGGUUACGGCCUUUAUUGCUCUAUUUUACCUUCUCUUUACAUCGAAAAUUUUGACUUGUUCCAGUCUGUUCAGCACGACUCAGAUGAUCUUUGAAAUGAUCCUGAUGAAGUUUGACGCAAGUGAAAUUCGUGCAGCUGACGACGUUCUUGGCCCAAUAUGCUUUACACUGUUCAUCUUUCUAAUCGUGUUUAUUGGCAUGACGAUGUUCGUUUCGAUUAUUAGUGAUGGAUUUCGUUCGAUUCGAGAGAGAAACCGAGUGGAUUUCAAGACUGAUUUCGAAAUGUUCGAAUUCAUGUGGGAUAGACUUCUUCGACAAUUGGGUAAUUUGAAAUAA